AUGAAUUUCAGUAAAAAAAAAUUGCAAUUCUCACCGCAUUCGAAGUUAUCUUGUCUUCAUAACUCGUCGGAGAGUCAAGUCGUGUUAUCUUCGGUUCAGUUGUCAACUACGGGCCUGUACCGAUGCGAGGUGUCGGGCGAGGCGCCUUACUUCCAAACAGUCACCGAACAUGGCCAAAUGAUGGUGGUGGCUUUACCAGAUACAGGUCCGAAGAUAUCUGGGGGUCGUCCUCGUUACCAAGUUGGCGAUACCGUCAGAGUAAAUUGUACUUCUGGUCGCUCUAAACCAGCCGCCCAAUUGGCUUGGUUCAUUAAUGGCGAACCUGCGGAUUCGGACUUCCUACGAGGUCCUGACAUCGUCGUUACUGGCCGGGAAGGUCUGGAAACGUCCGUCCUCGGCUUGGAAUUCACAGUCAAACAGCAUCACUUCAACAGGGGCGACAUGAAGUUAAAAUGCCUUGCUACAAUCGCUCGUGUAUACCUGAGAAGCAACGAGGAAUCCGUGGAGGGCGAAAAGCAGCCGAGGGCUUCGGUUCUGGAAAGUAGGGGGACGGUGGCGCCUGCAGGAUCUCGAGCGGACAGGGUGCAAGCCGCUGGUGGUCCAAUGACUUUCAUUCCACCACACAUCUCUCUUUUGGUCUUCGGUUUCCUUUCAACGACGCUACUUCAAGUCAGGUAAUUCCUCAGUUGAACGUAAUGAAAGUACCCUCCAAGAGUACUUUUUGAAGAAGUAAAUAAACAACAGUGAAAACGAACACGACUGGAAAAGCCAAAGACACUAUCGAGUGACUCACGAUUUUACGUUUUAUCUUUUUACGUCAAUUAAUAAACCGAACAUACCGUAAAACGAAACAAGAUUGUCACCUUCGAGAAUACUGUACCAUCACCAUUUUUAGCAACUAUUAUUACCUUAGAUUCUUCUGAGCAGGAUGGGAAUAUCGCUCAAAAUAAGCGACAGAACAUCCUAUCGUGUCAAUAUCAGUAAACUAAACGUUACCUAUAGUAAAAAAUGUACAUAUCUAUCGUGUAAGUAAGGUAAAAUUUGAUGUUUUCAAAGCCGAUCGCAGAUAAAGAAGAUAAUCAUCUUUUUAAUCCAUCUAGUCCUUGAAAAUGAAAAAAUUAAAAAAAAAAGCGGGAGAUCUAAGCUUUAUUUUUUGAUGUACAGUUUAAAUUAAGGCGCAUUGUAUUUUCGUUUUGUGAUUCACACAGUCUGAUAAACAUAAUAAAAGUAAUUGGAAUGAAUUGUGUAAUUUAGAGGUAUCAGAUCGCAUUCGUUGUAUUUCUAGUCUGGAUCAAUUUGCGUUACAACUAUUUAGAUUUUUUGAAUGCUAAAUCAAAUGUCGACUGAGUACCAAACGAGUAUUUAGCGAAGAUGAAAAAAAUUAGGAAUUGUACGCUUUCUUUAUUCGAAUCGAAAAAAAAAUCUUAAGCAAAUUGUUAUAUAAAUAUUUUUGUGUAAAUAUAUUUUGAAAGAAACCUGUGAUCCUCAUCACAUUACGUACGUUGGUAUAUAAGUACAUCUACGAAAAUAAAAAUAAAUAAAUAAUUAAAAGAAAAAAUUGAUUUAAUCGAUUUCGUAUGUGUACUUUAAAAAAAUUAAAAUCGUUGAAAUUUUCGCUUAUCAAAACUCGCUUUGUAUGUUUUCGACACGGAAUCGUUGACGGCAACGAGAGAAAAAAAAGGGGGAAAUUUGUAGAUAUAUAUUAUACAAUAUAGAUUAUUUAAAAGUUUACGUUUUCGGAUAACAAAUAAAAUUAUAAGAGAUAAAUUGGAAAUUUGUGCUAUCUACUAUAUAUGUAUAUAUAAUAAUGAGAAUGUCUUAAAAGUAUAUUAAGAUAUCAAAGAAUUUAAUUUCAAAAUCAAAGUUUUGAAAUUUAAAUUCUUCAUUUCGAUCGAUUUGACCUAUAUGUAUUUUAUUUUAAAAAUAAAAUAAUUUGAAA